AAUGCUAAUAAACAUCAUUUGAUUAACUGAUCACUAGAAAACAACUGCAUCUCUUCUCUGCUUCUAUUCAUCAGCUAUACGCAACUGACAACCAUGCCCAGCUUCAAGAGUCAACUAACCAUGACCCAUAUUGGGACCGCCACCACCCUUCUUGAAAUUGACGGCGUCACUCUUCUGACUGAUCCGGCUUUUAACGACGCUCCUGCUGACUACGACCUCGGUAUUAUUGUCCUCAAGAACACAAAAGGACCUGCCUUGAAGCUCAAUGAGCUUCCGCCUUUCGAUGCCGUUCUUUUAAGCCAUGAAGACCAUGUGGACAACCUUGACGAUUCUGGUCGCCAGCUUUUAGACGGUCGUAAGGUGAUUACUACCAUGGAUGGCGCCAAAAACCUGCAGCCCAGACCCGGUGUCCAAGGUAUCCGACCCUGGGAACAGUUGUCGCUGAACAUUGGUGGCAAGUCGUUCACAGUAACCGGUACACCCUGCCAGCAUCUACCUGGCGGCGAAUGCACAGGUUUCAUCCUGGAGUCUCCCAACUUUGGCACUACCGAUGGAAAGCCGAACGUGAUAUACAUUUCUGGUGAUACUGUCUAUUUGGAUGAACUGGUUUCUAUUCGUGACAAGUACCAUGUAUCCGUCGCUAUCGUUCACCUUGGUUUAGCAACUGUGCCCGACUUCCCUGGCGUCGAGGGACCUCUUGAAAUCACGAUGGGUGGAAAAGAUGCCGCCAAACUUGUACGCGAACUCGAUGCGGAUAUCAUAGUGCCGAUCCAUUUCGAAUCGUGGAAGCAUUUCACAGAGCACAGCGGCGAGCUGCACAAGAUCUUUGAGAAAGAAGGCAUCAUGGACAAGGUCUGCUGGCUCACUCCCGGUCAGCCAAAGCGGGUUAUCUAA